AUGGCUUUCUUUUACGAUCUCUACAAGCAGCUGCACGAAAACCCUGGGAGAUCAUUUGAUGAAGGAUUUACUGCCGGGAAGGCCGAAACAUUCCUUGGCAAAAUAGAGAGCGAUAUCGUUAUCUUCGGGGAUAUUGGGAAAGAGGAAAGCGGACCCAUUACGGUGGGCGUACUCAGUAAUGUAUCUAAAGAUUUAGAUGGUGACCCACUCGUCCUUUUACUUCGGGCGGAUAUGGAUGCUCUGCCAGUUCAGAAAGAGACAGAAUUGCCGUAUAAGUCCAGGAAUAACGGUGUUAUGCACGCAUGUGGUCAUGAUCUGCAUACAACUGCUCUUCUGGCGGCUGUGAGGGCGUUGGUUCAGGCCAAGGUUUCCUGGAAUGGCAUAUUAAUAGCGUGCUUUCAGUCCCCCCGAAGAACAGGGUAA